AUGAAAAGAAAGCAACCGCCAGAGAUUUUGUCGCCGGAACUGGAGGGGAAACCGACGGCUGCCGCUUCUGCCGCCGCCGGCGCACACAGUUUCUCCUCCUUACCGAAACACAUCGUCGACGGCCUAUUCAAACUGCCGGCGAGGUCUCUGUUCCGCUUCAGGUUCUUGUCCCGCUACCAUCUCAACCUAAUCCAAUCCCCUGACUUCAUCGCCGCCCACGCCCGCGAUUCCUGCCUCAAUCGCGCCGGCCUUCUCGUCCUCGCCGAUUCCCAAUCCGGGAAAGCGGCCUCAUUCUUACCGCCGGCGAUACAGGGGAAGACGAAAGAUGGGGUUUUGAACUUCCCCUUGCCCUUCCUCAAGGGUUACGGCUGCAAUGCCAGAUUCAGCUACGCCGGAUCCUUCAAGGGUUUGGUCUGUCUGAUCGUCCGCCGACAGGGAGAGUACUGGGUCCUGUGGAAUCCGGCCACCUCCCAAUUCAGCUUCGGCCCUCCGCCGAUCUUGUCUCAGGAACACUGCUUCUGCAACUCGCGCUACCGCCGUCGCCUCUGGGUCGUCGUUGAUGGAUUCGGGUACGAUUCCGCGGCCGACGAUUACAAAUCGGUUAGGGUUUUGUGUUGGGAGAAUGCGAUUCAGGUCGAGGUUCUAACUUGGGCUAAACGGUACUGGACAAGAAUCCACGCCGGCGAGGGCUUUUACUCCAUCUUCCAUAUCAUCUCUGGACCUCCCAGCUUUCCCGAUUCCCCUGUUUCGACCGAGGGCAGGGUGAAUUGGAUGGAGGCUAGUUCCGGUAUGGUGCUUUCCUUCAGACUGCGCGAGGCGAAUUUGGAGUGGAUUUCGAUUCCAGAUGCUGCUGAUGGAGCACAUUCGCCUUCAUUGCCGGUUAACAGGACGAUUUGUGCCUGGAAAGGAUCGCUCGCCAUGCUUGUACAGCCUUUGCAGGAGGAGUUGCUCAGUGGGAGGCAGAUUUAA